AUGUCUUCCACAAAUCCAGCAUCCAGCUCUAGUAGCUCGGGCGCCAAGUCGGCAGGCUCGACCUACAAGCCGGUUUAUAAACUAAUAACAUUCGAAGACAUGACCGAAUUCCCCACCGCCACUCAGCGGCAAAGGGGCGUUCAAACGCAAACCUUCAAGUCAUGGCAGAGCCAUCAGUCAACAGAACAGUGGAUGGAUAAAGCCAUGGUCGAACGUGAAAUCAAGGAAUGGCCUGUCAGCGGAGGCGCAGGGUACAUUAAGGCGUUCAUGAGCAUGGGUAAAUCCCGUCGUGAGAUUCUGAAUAACCAUCUCAAGACACUUAAUGAUACCGAUAAGACCGCGGAUAUGGUAGGGAUGUGGGAGCCUGAGUGUUUGUUCCCUGGUGAUACUGUGAUGAAUAAGAAAACUGGGGAGAAAGUUCGAUCACCGACGCUGUUUUGGGUGAUUAUCAGAAGGCAAAAGAAAGUACCCGAGCCUCCAAAGUCAUCGAGCAGUGGUAGCGGCAGCAGCAGCGGUGGAUCUAGCAGUGGUCCAAAGGGCGUCCUUAAGGAUGACAAGAAAUCAUUCUAUGGUUCGAAAGAAUCAGACACAAACCCACUUAUCCGAGAGCUUCUCGAUGCAGUUACCCGUCUAAACACCAAGGAUAACCUCCCAGAUCUCCAAGCCCAGCUGCAGCAAGUCAUGUUCGUGCUUACCAAGCUGCUCCAAAAGCAAGAGCAUCAACCGUCCAUGCCAGUCGCAAUGCCCAACCAAUACCCACAGAUGCCAGUCUUCCAAUUCCAAGAACAAAAGUUACCAACAUACUCACGCUUAUCAAUCCCUCCGCCGCCAUAUAACCAGUUCUUACCUGAAGACCCACAAAUGCAACGGAUGAAUCCGAACGUGCAACAAAACAUGCAAUCGAUCAUGCAGCCAAAUAUGCAGCCGAACAUGCAUCAAAACAUGCAGCAGAAUAUGCAGCAGAAUAUGCAACAGGGCAUGUUCCCACUAAACAUGCAGCAUGAUAACUCCAGCCGAACCCGCCAGACCUUCGAUGAUAAUGGACAGUAUUCUUUCAACUCUCAUCUCAACUCCACCGAACCACCAAACUAUCCUCGCGGGGGCAUAGGCUCUCGUCGCGGUAGCGUUUCAUCUCUAAACUCCCAUUUCAUGGGCGGUCAAGACGAGAUGAUGUCCCAAAGACAAUAUGAAGGUGACCGUGGUGGCCGUGGCGGCAGCAACAUGAUUGAUCAGGGCAUGCAAUCUCGCAACCUACAGAUGGUGCCCAACCACCCAAAUAACCAAAGACCCCGCAGCCGGUCUCGCCCCGCCCCGCAAGGAAGGCAUAUAGUUGGUUCCUGGCAACAUGAUGGCUCGUCAUCUUCCGGUGGAAGUGAUGAAGAAUAUCGCACUGGCCAUUCAAACAGCCGUUCAAACAGCCGUGAAGGCUCGAUAUACAAUCUAAACCAUCUUCGAAAUAGUAGGCCAAGAAGUUCGAGCCGAGGGGGGGAUGUGGAUCUGAGCUCCGGGAACCGUAGUCGUCGGAACUCGGUGUCGUUUUCUGAUAAGAAUGGUGGUAUGAUGGUAAACCAUGGGCGGAUGGUGAAUAUGAACAAGGGGUACGGAAAUGAUGACUCGGGAUCUGAAGAUGAGAUGAAUGAUCAAAGGGUGAUGAUGCACGGCAUGAGCAUCAAUCGCGAUCAUACAAGGACGCCGGCGCCCUGGCCACAUCCACAUCGUCAGUGA